CUACUCACCAACCCGAACGGACGACGAUGGUUCAACUCUUGGACUGGCGGCGGCUGUGCCGCAAAAAGCGCAAAAUUCCGCAAGGCGGUGCCAUCCUCGAUCAGGUGAUCUCGCAGUCGGCGAACGCCUCGAACCAGUGCCUGCUGUACAAGAUGGCCAACUACAAGCGCGGGGGUGAUCUGAUCGAUGCCUUCCAAGUCGGUGGUCAGAAAGCGGUCGAGCAGCUGAUACGGGACCAGUUCGGAGUGUUCAUGUAUAACAGUGGCCGCGGUCAGAUCAUCAAUCGGGCCGAAUAUCUCCGCUGGAAGUACAUGGAUAAUCACGAGGUUGUCAUUCCGAUAGAGGCUUCCCUAUCACCACACGAUCCGCUGGGUAAGUGGGUCGACCAUAAAGCCUGUUGGCAGAUGCAGUACCGCGGUCUCCUAGGGGAAAGUCUUCUGCACGUGCUGAUUAUUUGCGACACAAAGAUCCACACGAAGCUGGCUCGCAUUCUGCUGCGCGUCUUCCCGGAACAAUCGAUCGACGUGAUGGAAGGCGAAGAGUACCUGGGCGCUAGUGCACUCCACCUGGCGAUCGCCUACAGCAACAACGAGUUGGUGAGCGAUCUGAUCGAUGCUGGGGCGGAUGUGUCCCAGCGGGCCAUCGGACGAUUCUUCCUUCCCCGGGAUCAGCAGGGUUUGCGGCCGGUUAAGACGACCGACUACGAAGGGUUGGCCUAUCUCGGGGAGUACCCGCUGGCAUGGGCUGCCUGUUGUGCAAACGAAUCCGUGUAUAAUCUACUGUUGGAGUGCGGUGCGGAUCCCAAUGCGCAGGACAGCUUCGGAAACAUGAUUCUGCACAUGGUGGUUGUGGGUGAUAAAUUGGACAUGUUCGGUUACGCACUGCGUCAUCCUAAACUACCAUGCAAGAAUGGAAUUGUAAAUGAAGCCGGUUUAACUCCUCUUACGCUCGCCUGUCGACUGGGUCGCGAUGAAGUUUUUCGUGAGAUGUUGGAACUUUCGGCGCGGGAAUUUUGGCGCUACAGUAACAUCACCUGCUCCGGCUAUCCGUUGAAUGCUUUGGACACACUUAUGCCGGACGGAACAACCAACUGGAACUCGGCGCUGUUCAUCAUCCUGAACGGAACGAAGGAGGAGCACCUGAACAUGUUGGACGGUGGCAUCGUGGAACGUUUGCUGGAUGAAAAGUGGAAAACGUUCGCCCGGAAUCAGUUCCUGAAGCGACUGCUGAUUCUCGCUCUGCAUCUGUUCUGCCUGUCGUGUUCGGUGUAUCUCCGGCCGGCACGAGUUUUCGCAGAGGAAAGCACCGAUGGAACCGGCGGUGAUGGUGCGACGGUCGCUCCGGAUGCCAGCGAGGAUGAGGGCAUCGAUUUGACGAGCUGGUUCCGGUAUGGGUUCGAGAUUGCCACCGUCAUGGGGGUGCUCAGUUAUGUGGUGCUGCAGCAAGGCGAUGAGAUUAAGAAUCAAGGGCUGAUCUCGUUUAUCAAGUCACUGGGCAACGCCCCAGCCAAAGCCAUCUUCCUGGUGUCCAAUCUGAUGAUCCUGGCGUGCAUUCCACUGCGCAUCCUUGGCAACACGGAAGCGGAGGAAGCGAUCCUGCUAUUUGCCGUCCCCGGUAGCUGGUUUCUGUUGAUGUUUUUCGCUGGUGCCAUCGGAUUGACGGGACCCUUCGUAACGAUGAUCUUCUCCAUGAUCACGGGCGAUAUGUUCACCUUCGGGAUUAUCUAUAUGAUUAUAUUGUUUGGGUUUUCCCAGGCGUUCUAUUUUCUCUACAAAGGUCACCCGGACGCGGAAGAAACUCCCUUCGGGAGUUACUUCGGCACUUGGAUGGCUUUGUUUCAGACGACACUGGGCGAUUAUGAUUACGCUGAUCUGAAUCUGACCACGUAUCCAAGUUUAGCGAAAACUGUCUUCGUGAUUUUUAUGAUCUUCGUGCCGAUUCUGCUGCUCAACAUGUUGAUCGCCAUGAUGGGUAAUACCUACGCGUACGUUAUUGAGCAGGCCGAAAAGGAGGGUAUGAAGCAGUGGGCAAAGAUUGUGGUCAAUCUCGAGCGAGCCGUGAAGCAAGAGGAUGCAAAAAAAUACCUGGAGGAAUACUCGAUCGGGUUGGGACCAUCGGAUGAUCCUCGGUACGAGAUUCGCGGCGUCAUGGUUAUCAAGAGUAAGAGUAAAACCCGAGCCAGGCAGCGAAAAGGGGCGGUUAGCAAUUGGAAGAGCGUGCUGAGGGUUACGCUGAAUGAGCUGAAGAAACGUAGCAUGACCGGGGAGGAACUGCGUAGGAUUAUGUGGGGACGAUCUUCGAUCACGUCGCCGGCUAAAGUUUCGAAGAAGAAGAAGGGCUACGAAGAGGAUCCAUUCGCGAUAACGGCUGCCAUCGAUGUGAUGUCCUUCACACAGGACAUUGUUAUGGUUGGCACCGAUCCGACGGCUCCGGUGAUGAUUGAUCCAACGAAACCGGCCACCGUCAAGCCGGGAACCAUUCCACCAGCGCAACCAAUUCCGGAGAUUCCACCCCAACCAGCGCUGGUGAAGCGUCAAUCAGUGGUCAGCGCUCCUCCGGCCUACGACGACUAUCCGCCGAUGAAGGACUACAAAGAUCCCCUGCGUGAGUUGGUCAUAAUCUCGGAGACGGCUCCGGCAGACGAUCAGUACGCUCAGAACAUUAAAAUGCUAGCUUUCGACGCGUCCACCCUGGAUCACAUUCACGAGAUCGAUUUGACCCGGCAGAGCCAGAUCCGGCUGGAGGAACAGAAGCAGCAGCAGCAGCAACAACAGCCGCAGACUUUGGGUCAGUUAAAUCCCUUCCUGGAUGCGAAGGACGUUGUAGAUCCGGUUAAGGAGCGUGAGUUUCUUAAAACGCUGGAAGCACUGGAGGACACCGAUAGUGAAGCGGCCGAGAAACCGGUGCUCGGUAAGAUUUCUCUGAUUAGACGAGCGAAGUCGGCCGUUUCGCGGACCACUUCCCGGAAGAAGAAAACUGACCAACAUCCGCUGUUUAUGAUUGCUUGGGACGAUAAGAAUCUGGCUCGUGCUGCCCAGGAGGAUUUCGGCGCUCUGAAUACGGCCUACGAGUACUCGGCGGAGGAUCUUAAGCAAGACGUUGAUGAGGAGGCGAAGGAGGAAAAUGAGGAUGAGGGUGUUACGGUGGAGGAGGUUCAUCGUAGGAUGGAGCAGUUUCACCAGAGGGUGCGCGGAUCUCCGGAGCGGGAUAGUAAUUCGACGGAAACUUCGAGUAGAAGGGCGGCUCCGAAGAAGCGCCAUGGAAUGGGUCGCGGGAGGAACAAUAAAAUUUCUCCGGAUACUUCGAACGAGAGUGUUUCUAGUAAGAAAGAUAAACGGAUGAAGUCGGCUCCUACAACCACCGGAGGUGGUAACAAUGGAGGGACGAAUGGCUCUCGACGUAGGCAAUUGUUGGAACAGGAGCCGGGAGAAGCUUCACCACCUGAUCCGUUGGAACCCUGGAGUACCAGGGAUAUCGUUAAUAUUAAUAAAUUAUUGGAUACAGACACUCAGGAGGAGUGAGUGGGCAGUUCACAUUAAAAACAGUUUAAAUUUAAAAUUUCAACUACUAUCACUUAAUUGAGUGGAAAAGCACCCAAUAAAGCACGUUACUUGAAAAAAAAAAUAGUAUUUUUAUAUCGAAGA